GUCCCUAUUUUGGCCAUGUAAAUUGCAGAUAUGUACACAUGAAAUCAGAACGUUUGACUUUUGCAGGUAAAAACUGAUGGACAAGAUUUUUUUUUAAUUAAUCUGAAUAAUUAACUGUUUGGAAAGCUAUAUGCUGACGUCGUCGUCCUACACUCCGCUGCCUACGUGUUUAACCACGCUCCCGGUCCUCCAGACACUUCCGUAUUGGGUUUUUUCUUUUUGCUGCCGCAGCCUCAACUGUUCCAGAGUCAGCUGCUCUGUUAAAAAACAGGAACCUUACAUCUAUAAACUGAGCCGAACUCGUGUUUAUAGAACUGACCUCAGGUCAGCAUUUCUGCAUCCGGGAUCCUCUUGUGAUAGUCAGCUGAUCGCAGCUAGGCUCUGCAAACAGCUCUGAGCUCUGCUGUCUGAUAACAAGAGGUACUCUCAUAGCUGCUUUAAACAGGUGAAAUGGCCACAAAUCCACCGAAGUUAAAGACUGCGAUUACUGGCAAUGAAAGGCUUCAAAACUUGAAAAAUACUUUUGAAACAAAGUAUGGAGAAUCUCCUCUCUUCUAUGCAUGUGCUCCCGGAAGGGUAAAUCUAAUAGGGGAGCAUAUCGACUACUGUGGCUAUUCUGUUCUUCCAAUGGCCAUUGAACCAAACAUCCUCGCAGCUGUCUCAGUGAACAAUUCAGGAACAAUCACACUGGCCAACACAAAUCCUCAGUACAAGGAUUUCACUGUGUCAUGUUCAGAGGACAUUGCAAUAGACAGAGAGAACCCACAAUGGCAUUAUUAUUUUCUCUGUGGAGUGAAAGGUAUUCAGGAGAAGUUUGAGAUCACUUGUUUGGCCGGGAUGUCUUGUGUCGUAGAUGGAACCAUUCCCCCGAGCUCCGGCUUGUCCAGUUCUAGUGCCUUAGUUUGUUGUGCCGGGCUCGUGACAAUGGAGGCUAAUCAAAAGUCCCUCUCCAAGGUGAUGCUGGCUGAGAUAUGUGCCAGAAGUGAGCGAUACAUUGGCACAGAAGGAGGCGGCAUGGACCAGUCCAUCUCAUUCCUGGCAGAGAGAGGAACUGCAAAGCUGAUAGAGUUCCAGCCUCUGCGAGCCACUGAUGUCCAGCUCCCAGGUGGAGCAGUGUUUGUGAUCUCCAACUGCUGCGUCGAGAUGAACAAAGCUGCUUCUUCUCACUUCAACAUCCGUGUGGUGGAGUGUCGAAUCGCCACAAAGAUGCUGGCCCGGGCACAAGGUCUGGACGCGAGCAGGUUGUUGAAGCUGGUGCAGGUUCAGACGGAGCUGAAGGCCUCCCUGGAGGAGAUGCUGGCUCUGGUGGACGAGGUGUUGCAUCCUGAGCCGUACAGCCGAGAGGAGAUCUGCAAGGCGCUGGGCGUCACUUCGGAGCAGUUUUCCACAGAGCUGCUGAGCGCCAACACUCAGCAUGUGACGCAUUUCAAGCUGCACCAGCGAGCCAAGCAUGUGUACGGUGAGGCUGCGCGGGUGCUGCAGUUUAAGAGCGUGUGCGACUCUGCGCCUACCAACUCCAUACAGCUGCUGGGAGACCUGAUGAACCAGAGCCAUGCAAGCUGCAGAGACCUGUAUGAGUGCAGCUGCUCUGAACUGGACCAGCUGGUGGACAUCUGUCUGAAGUCGGGGGCAGUGGGCUCCCGGCUGACAGGAGCAGGUUGGGGUGGCUGUGCCGUCUCCAUGGUUCCUGAUGAGAAGGUGGAGUCUUUCUUGCAAACAGUAAGCAAGGCCUACUACCUCCCCGAUCCACGCAGAGCGGCGAUGCAAAAACAGAGUUUAUUUGUGUCUAAGCCAGGCGGAGGAGCUGCAAUUUUCCUCGAGGACUGAAAUACAUCAUCCAUGUCUGUUUAUGCAGCAAUCAUUCAAAUACAUCGCAGCUCCGUGGGAAAAUGAUACUUGUUUACACUUGAUUCAGAAGCACUUAUAAAAUGUAAACCUUACUUUAGUGUUGUUGUCUUUUAUUUUACCUCUUUACAAAUUAUCCUGGAAUAUAAGGGCCAAAAAUGUACUACAGCAGGGAAUUAUUUUUUACUAGCGGGAUAUGCUUUUUGUUUUUAAAUCAUGAAGGUUUUUGUGAUAAAUGGAUUUUGUACUCUGUUUCACUGUUCACCUCAGAAAAGAAAAAAUGACAAAUAAAAUAACAAUCAUGUUUAA